CAUCGUUUUCUGAACCGAAACAGUCAAACAGCAUCAGUCAGAUCGUGAAACGUUCAGGCGCAUCGCGUACUAGCAGUCGAGCACUGGCCGUACUUCGCCGCCCUGAUGAUGACCGGUUGAUACGAAACGUCGCACGGAUAAGACAAUGAUCGGAUGGUGCCGUUCUGUGCGAUGAGUGAAUGCAAGCGCAAAAAUAAUGAAGAGUGCGGAAAGAUUGUUACUAGUGCUGAUACCGGGCGUUCUGGUGAUCGCCGGUGUCUUUUUGGGGAUGGCGAUGGCGCAAAAAGGAUACACCAUCUGUGACGUGCAGGGGUGCAACUGCACAGUCCCAGCGGGGGGGUGGAAAAACGUUAAUUGUUAUCUGUUGGAUGACCAGGACCUCGUUCUGCAGCAAGGCAACAUUCCCAAAGAAACGACUGAAAUCUUCCUGAGCGGCGGCCACUCGAUUGUCUUCAACAGCAAAACGUUCAACAGUCUCAAAGCACUGGCUUUGUUGCGAAUCGAGAAGGUGCGAAGCGUGACCAUCGAGCCCAAAGCCUUCUUCAACAUUCAAUCAUCUAGUCUACUCGUCCAGAUACUAAGCUGUGAUGCACUCUUACUUAGGACUCAAGCUUUCGAAGAUAUGCAGGGUUCCUUAUCGACUGAAAUAAUGAAAACUAAAUACGUAAAACUAGAAGAAUCGCCCUUUAGCAAGUUGAGCAACUGCACAUUUGAAGACAUUGACGAGGUCGCUUUGGAAAAGGGCGCUUUUGAAAUAAAAAAUUUAGGAAGCAUUGGCCGACAUGGACCAGUCUCAGUGGUGCUGUUUGAAAACGUCUUCAUUCUGGACAUCCAAAAGGAGGUUUUUCGGACUUCAUUGGCCCAAAUAUCGUUCAAGGACUGCCGCAUUGGGAAUAUCAAUUUUGAGGCCUUUACAUCGGCUCAAAUAUCAACGGUGCUUUUAGUAAACACCAGCAUCGAACGAAUGGAAACUGGGGCAUUCAGCGAACGAAUUUUGAUUGUGGACUUUCAAAUCAGCAAGUGCACAAUCCAGACACUCCAGACCAAAGCCAUCACCGCUGGCAUGGCGAAACUUACCGUUAAUCAUUCGACCCUAACGGACAUUGAACCCAACGCCAUCGCCAGCACAGUAGCCAAAGUGGAAGUUAUAGGAAACCAGAUAAUCAACUUCUUUUCAACUGCCAUCACCAUCCACAACUGGAACAGCAUUAUCAUGGACCAGAAUAUAAUCAAAAACUUGUACAGCGACUUCAUUGUCAUCUCGAAAAGUUCGGAAAUCGAAGGCUUCUCGUUCAAGGGAAAUGAAAUUUACAAUGCCAUGGAAGGCUCUUUGGACUUCAUCCAGACAAUUGACGAAGGGAAAAUGCUGUUUGAUGACAACUUUUUCAAUCAAGGCUGUGGAUGUGACCUGCCUGAUUGGAUCAAGCUCCUUACGAACUCAACAGCCCACACAGCGCUCAUAAUGGACAGCAGCUUUUGCAGAGUGGACGAGGCCCUGUCGAAGUGCUUCUCCUUGCCAGAGGGAAUCAUCAACAUGCAAAACUUCUCGGAGAAAACCUGCAGCAACAACACGAUCUGCGAACCGUACAAAGGGGAAACGCGAACGAUCAACACCACCGGGAAAAUAUUCGUGGACAGCGACCAAAGCCACAAGCAAAGCUGGCUGAUUUUCAUCAUAGUGCUGAUCGGGUUCUUCAUCAUGGCGUUGGUGGGCACCUUUGUGGCCCUCCUGGUCCGUGGAAGCCGCUGGCUGAAGCGCAAAGGCUAUUUCAGGAAUCAUUACUACAACAACCAGCAAAGCAAUGAGGAGGAGGAGGAGGAGAACACGAUCGUGACCAUCGACACGGAAAACGAGAAGCUGGAAAUCCCGCAGGAGCUCACCAUUGAGUUUCUCCAAGAAUUGUCCAAGAGACUGGAUGAUCCAGCUACGCACCAAGAGGCCAGCGACAUGAUCGAGAGGCUCUAUGAAAUGUUCAUAGUGGAUGAAAGCUACGAAAACAACAACAGGGAGGAAGAGGCGCAUCUUUAUGAGGAACUGGGCAACCUCAGCUUGCAGAUCCCGCCGCCUCCGUACCAAGAACAAGCGCCUGCGACCGCCCAAGUGAGUCAAGCGCCUCCAGAGAACGGCCCCAGAGGGAUUCUGAAGCUGAUGGAGGAGAAAUUCAGCACCAACGAACCAAAUGCGAGCAACACGGACUUAUCAAACACCUCUACCAGCAGCACCAAGCCGAUCCUAACUUCCGACUACUCCGAACCAUUGGACAAAGACGUUCAUCUGUACUCUGAGCUGAAGGCGCGAGAAGAGGCCAAAAAGGACAGCAUAAAAUCGAAUGGUUCCAUGGUGUUGAGGCCUUUGCCCGACCGGCCUGGGUACCUGUUCCAGGCCGGACCUUCUACCAAAUUGUGAUAUAGAUUCGACCGGGGGAAUAUUUAUUAAUGCUAAUUCGCGACGUGCUACGUUUAUCUCAUAGAACUUUGGUGCCAUAGAAAGUGAAUGAUCCAUGUGGCAGGAGUUUUUUUGGUGAAAUGGGAGGACUUAAGGGCUGCUCCAGCUGCAAAAGCCUAGUUAACGUACGUGUAACGUUUUGUUAACGUCCCACAAACGUUCCACUUGCACAUCGCACGCUUACGAGCUGGGCAAACAGCGCUGUUUUCCCACAAAUUCUAUACAUUAAAAAUGAAUUGGAUUAGAAAUAUAUUUGAAUUAAAUAUAUUUACCUUGCCUUACUGUGAUAAUGUACAGAAGAACUCACUUACUCUGAGAGUUACGUUACAUGUUUAAGUGUAUAUUUGCUACCUUCUGGGUGCAAUGUAGUUUGAUAGACGCUAAUUGCAUAAUUUUUAUACCAAAAAUGUAAUAAAACUGAUUUGUAAACUAA